CGGCGCACCUGGACCCGAGACGGCGCCCGCCGCGCUCCCGGGCUCCCGCCGCCCUCCCUGCGCCAGCCGCUGCCGGGCCACGGCGUGGGCCGGCCCGAGGCGGUGUCUCCCCUUCCCCAGCCGCGCGGUUCCCACCGGCAAGAUGGUGCCCAGCUGUCCCCGCGCGCUCCUGCUGCCGCUGCUGCUGCUCCUCGCCUGCCCCGCGUCGCGGGCUUCCCAGAACUGUCUCAACAAACAGCAGCUCCUCACGGCCAUCCGCCAGCUGCAGCAGGUGCUGAAGGGGCAGGAGACCCGCUUUGCCGAGGGCUUCCGCAGCAUGAAGAGCCAGCUGGCAGCACUGCAUCACUCGGUGGCCAGAGCGGGCCCGGACUCCCCCCCAGUGUCCUGCCCUGCUCUGAAUGCCCCCCUAGACGGCAGAAAGUUUGGAAGCAAGUACUUAGUGGAUCAUGAAGUCCAUUUUACCUGCAACCCUGGGUUCCGGCUGGUUGGGCCCAGCAGCGUGGUGUGUCUUCCCAACGGCACCUGGAGGGGGGAGCAGCCCCACUGUAGAGACAUCAGCGAAUGCUCCAGCCAGCCUUGUCAGAAUGGGGGCACCUGUGUAGAAGGAGUCAACCAGUACAAAUGCAUGUGUCCUCCGGGGAGGACUGGGAGCCGCUGUCAGCACCUGGCCCAGACAGCGGCCCCCGACGACACCGUAGCCGGCGACUCCGCCUUCAGCCGCGCGCCGCGCUGUGCGCAGGUGGAGCGGACGCAGCACUGCAGCUGCGAGGCCGGGUUCCACCUGAGCGGCGCCCCGGCCGGCGACAGCGUCUGCCAGGAUGUGAAUGAAUGCGAGCUCUACAGGCAGGAGGGACGCCCCCGGCUCUGCAUGCACACCUGCGUGAAUACCCCGGGCUCCUACCGCUGUGCCUGCCCCAGCGGGUACCGGACACUGGCUGAUGGGAAGAGCUGUGAGGAUGUCGAUGAGUGUGUGAGCCCGCAGCUCGUGUGUCCCCGGGGGACCAUGUGCAUCAACACCGGUGGAGGCUUCCAGUGCGUCAGCCCAGAGUGCCCCGAAGGCAGUGGCAACGUGAGCUACGUGAAGACCUCUCCGUUCCAGUGUGAGCGAAACCCCUGCCCCAUGGACAGUCGACCCUGCCGCCACUUGCCCAAGACCAUCUCCUUCCAUUACCUCUCUCUGCCCUCCAACCUGAAGACGCCCAUCACACUCUUCCGCAUGGCCACGGCCUCGGCCCCCGGCCGACCUGGACCCAACAGCCUGCGCUUUGGGAUCGUGGGCGGGAACAGCCGGGGCCACUUCGUGAUGCAGCGCUCAGACCGGCAGACGGGGGAGCUGAUCCUGGUCCAGACCCUGGAGGGGCCUCAGACGCUAGAGGUGGAUGUUGACAUGUCGGAAUACCUGGACCGCUCCUUCCAAGCCAACCACGUGUCCAAGGUCACCAUCUUUGUGUCCCCUUAUGACUUCUAAGGCAGCUGGGGUGGGGAGGGUGGUCACUGCGGUGCAGAGACCUGGGAUCCUUUCGCUUCCUCAGAGACCCUGCUGUGGGCCCCGACUGCGACAGCUGUCUCUUGCCUUGUCCUCGCCCACCCGCCUCCCUGCCUGUGUCCCCCGGCUUCUCGGGCAGUGCCACACACUCUUCUGGGGAGCGGCAGAGAAGGGCAGCUAUGGGACCCACGCUGCUGCCAUGAUGGUUUUUUUGGUUUUUGUUUUUCUGCUUUAAGCUCUUCCCGUAGAUUAUGCACUAACUUUCUCAAGUCUUUACAGAGAAGUGGGCAGUUUUUCAAAAUGCUGGCUGAAUGGCAUUGGGAGUUUGACACCGGCGGGGGAGGGACUAUGUCUGUGUUAUGGUAUGUGUCUGAGAGGCCUGUCAGGCCUCUCUAUGGUUAGAGUCACGCCAUGUUACGAAGCGGUUCUGGUGUGCUGAGGACCAGUCCUGCUUCGCUCGUGCGGCAUGGGGAGUGCUUCUUCUGCCACAGCCCAGCACAGUGCUCUUGUCUGCAUUCCUUCUGCGACACGCCGGCCAGCCUUCUCAUCAGAAAGCCAUGGCAGGGCCUGGAAUCCCCACCCUGAUUCUUCUAGACCAAGGAAACAACAUUAAAACCUAAGUUCUGCUGGAAUGAAUUCCCCUUUAAGAAAUCGUAUCUCAGAACGUGACCUGGUCUCACAACUGAGGAAAUAAAGUCUAUUGCUCCUCCAUGCCCACCUGGCCUGUCCCAGCACGUGAGUUAGCUCAGGACUUUCUAGGAAGGGAUACCUGGCUCUCUUCUGAUCUAGGUGGGACCCACUGAGAUAAAUGCAUGAAAAAGAAACCAUGGAGGCAACCUUGGGAUUGAGCCAACAAUAGAAACUUGGCUGGGCCAAAUGGGAGAUUGGUAAAGCCACCCGUGGCUGUGAUGAGCUUAAGAAAAGGCUUGAAUUUACAUUGAUUGCAGGGCCUCCUACUCCUGAUGUAGGAGCCAAGGGGCAGUGCCUUCCAGCUGACUGAGGAAGGCAAGCACCGGCUGGGACGGGGGUGGGGGGUGGGUGGAGGAGACUGUUCACGUUAAAGCUUAAGAGCCAGAUAAACUGGGAGGAGAUUUCAGUAUCCAAAUACAUGCUAAUCUAGGUGACGUUUCAUCAGACAUUUUAUUUUAAAAUUCCCUAUAUUUGUCUUGGUAUGAGAUGGAACCAGAGGAAGUAUGUCAUCCGUUUAGUGAUCAAGCCAUAUACCAAGACAGUUUCCAGGAAAAACCUAUCCCCUAUCCUUGUUUUAUUUUUUUCAAAGAGUGAGACACAGUCAAGAGCUGCUUUUGACAUGUUUCUUCUCCUGUAGCUCGGCUGCAGUCUCUCCCAACAACAGAAUGAGGGUCUGCAAAUCUGCCUUAAUGGGUUGUUACAAGAUUAUCUUCAAACUAUUAGCCACAGCCUUGCAUUUUCAAGUGGUGCUGUGACUCAGGUUAGAAGCCCGCGUGCCAUCCGGUCCCCUGUGCAGAAGGUCAGGGAGGGCAGUCCAAGGGCAUGGCCGUGACCCUGAAAGUACAGUGUUACAGUGGUACAUUCUUCCUGCCGGGAGCAGGACUGGUUCCAAAGGGCAAGCCUCUCACCUCCCAGCAGGCAAGGAGUGACUUGGGGAGCUAAAGAGCACAUGCCCUGCCUAGACUGGUGUCUGACGAUAAUUGGGAUGCCAGGCAGGCCCAGCCUAAACCAGUGGUUUACAUCACCAAGACAUGCCUUCAUCAAAACUGCUUCCUGUUGAUGAAAUCUGACAUCCAGCCCAGUGGCAGCACCAAAAUAUCAAUGCCUGGUGGCGUGGGACGCCCUCUUGUGGAUGAUGCCUGGGCCCUUCCUCCAUGGGCAGUACCCUAUGUCUGCUCUCUCUCCGCCACUCACUUUCCCCUGGGGAAACCAACUUCUCCCCUGUCCUUUCCUAGCUGCAGUGUGCACUAUGCCAGAGGAGGGAGGAGUUAACAAAGGGUAGCCAGGAGUUGUACCCCUUUCCAGGUAAGAAGAGAGCUUCCUAUCAUUGGCAGGGGGCUUGUAAAACUUGUUAAUCAGGCAUAGUUACAAACAUGUACAGAAGUGGAGAGCAUAGUAUGGUGACUCCCACGUCCAAACCACCAGCUUCAACAACUAACACACAGCCAACCUUCCCCCACCUCUUCUCUCACCCCAGCCCGUGAUGAUUCUGAAGCAGAUCCUGGACAUCAUAUCAUCUCAACACUUAGACAUUUCUACGUGUAUCUCUAAACCACAAGGACUUCUGAAAAAGCUUCACCUCCAUACCAAUCACGCUUAAAAAAAUUAGCAAUAAUUUGGGGCGCCUGGGUGUCUCAGUUGGUUGAGCAGCUGCCUUCAGCU